AGGGCGCUGAUUGGCCGCGGCGGGCCACGGCGGCGGCGCCCACGUGGGCUGGAGACGGGGCAGGGAAUAAUUAACUUUCUCUAAGACUCGGUGUGUGCGCAGCUGGCGAGCUCCAGCUAAGAGCCGACAGCUGGGACCGCGCUCACGCUCAGCCUUGCAAUGGCACCCGCUUCGGCCAGCUUCGACAUCGAUGCCCCGCGGUGGGACCAGACCACGUUCGUGGGGCGCCUCAAGCACUUCUUCAACAUCACGGACCCGCGCACGGUGCUGGUGUCGGAGCAGGAGCUGGACAGGGCCAAGGCGCUUGUGCAAGGCUGCAGGGCAGGCGUCGUGCCGCCGGGGACCAGCCAGGAGCAGCUGCUGUACGCCAAGAAGCUGUACGACUCGGCCUUCCACCCUGACAGUGGGGAGAAGAUGAACCUCAUUGGGAGGAUGUCGUUCCAGGUGCCCGGGGGCAUGGCCAUCACGGGCUUCAUGCUCCAGUUCUACAGGACGGUGCCCGCCGUGGUAUUCUGGCAGUGGGUGAACCAGUCCUUCAACGCCCUGGUGAACUACACCAACCGGAACGCCGCCUGCCCCAUCUCGCUCACGCAAAUCGGAGUGGCUUAUGUCACUGCCACCAGCACCGCCCUGGCAACUGCUGUGGGACUCAACCUCUACACUAAGAGAGCCCCACCCCUCGUAGCACGCUGGGUCCCCUUCGCCGCAGUCGCAGCCGCCAACUGUGUGAAUAUCCCCAUGAUGAGGCAACAGGAGCUCAUCAACGGGAUCGCCGUGACGGACGAGAACAACAACGAGCUGGGCCUCUCCAGGAGAGCCGCUGCCAAGGGGAUUACACAGGUGGUGAUCUCCAGGAUUGCCAUGGCCGCGCCUGGCAUGAUUAUUCUCCCGAUUAUCAUGGAGCAGCUGGAGAAGUUUCCCUUCAUGAAGAGGAUCCGGGUCCUCCAUGCACCUUUGCAAGUGAUGCUGGUCGCGGGCUUCCUCCUGUUCAUGGUGCCGGCGGCCUGCGCGCUGUUCCCGCAAAGAUGCUCCAUGGCGCUGUCCAGCCUGGAGCCGGAGCUCCGCGCCCGCGUCGUGGCCACGCACGGAGACAAAGUGCCUUACGUCUACUUCAACAAGGGGCUGUGAAUGGGGCCUGGAGCCCUCCAGAUCCCUGCACCCUCCAGUCGGGGCCAGUCCCACCUGGUCCCCGUCCCCACCACCCCCCUGCUCCCAGAGGAGAGGACCUGAAGCGACUCCUGGCUGCUGUGGUUGGAUUCUGGGUCUCCGGAGGGAAUCCCCCCUGGCUGGGCCCACGUGUGAGCUGGGCUGAGGUGCUGCCCGCUGCCCUAGCGAGCAGAGGGUGCCUGUCCAGCCAGGCUGCCACGUGGCACCGUAGGUCUAUCAGCCACAGGCCUGGAGAAGCCUCUCCAGUCCCCUGACGUUUCUGAGCAGGCAGCCUGGCUUGGGGGAGGCUGAGGCCUGGCUCCGAUGCUGCUCAGCCUCCCCCAUGCCCGUCUCCAGCACUGUGCCCCCUUCCCCAAUUUAAACAGCUCCCUGCCCCUGCUGAGCAGGGCCUGGUGGGAGCGCACACAUGGUGCUACCCCUCUGUUCUUCCCAGGGGAGGCCGGUCUCGGCCAAACCUGUUGCGGGUCAAACCCGUUACACCCCAGGACCUCCCACUGCAGCCGGAGCCGUGCGGCCUUCUGCUCUCAGCUUCGUUCCAGACCUUCACCUUGACCCCCUCCGGCCUUACGUAGGCAUCAUCCUCCUCUCCCUGUGCAACGAGUAACCAAAUGUCUUAAAGGAACAAGGAUCUCUGCCGUGGCCUUGGGCUGAAUUGACCGAGUUAGAUUUUCAGUCCCCGAGCUGCAUUGCAGACAGACCACACAACCACCCGUUUGCACCCGCGUCCUCCGCUCAGCUCGGACGUGGGUUGCAACGAAGCCUGGAAAUGCCUUAUUUUUUUUUAAGAUGCUUUUUAUCCGCCAAGCCUUCGCCUGCAGAUUGCCACGGUUGCUGUAGGUCCUACCCAAAGACCCUCUGAUAUGCCUCUGCUGUGGUCUUCAGCGUGUGAGCUGCUGUCUGAGCCACGCUGGCAUCGACGGUGCAGGGAUCUGGCUGGGACCCGCAUCGUUUUCAGCCCGUUGUAAGACGAGGGAGCAAAAAAAAUCACGAAUCCCAAAACUAAAGGGUAAGGAAAUGGGACAUGUUGAGGUGCCAGAUAAGAGGAGGAAGAAAUAAAUGUCCAAGGAUUUUUUAAAACCA